AUGUUGCGUAGAGUUAAUCUUCGUCUAGGGAGACGAUUUCAAUAUAAUACCAAAUAUCCCUCACUCGUCUCAUAUAAUAAACUCCCAUGGGAGGUAUUAAAUCACGAAACCCCACAAUUUCACAUGCACGUCGCCCCUCACUAUGAACAAAUCCUCACACUCGCCGCCUCUACACAAGUUCCUCAUCUUGUGAGCACUACACACAUGCAAGUGCCGCCAGAACACAAAUUGAGACUUCUCCCCGGAUUGCUGUAUAUAUUAAAUGGAGAGAUUCCACCUGUGGGUUUCACCGCCCAUCGUGUGGAGGAUCCAACGGCUCUUCAAUACUACGGGCAUCUUAAUAAUUCCAUUGCACACAUUUUGGCAGUGCGAAUGUUUGUAUCGGAUGAUCUUCGACUCUUGUGUAAUAGUGUGACCUUUCGAGCUCCUCUACACUUGCCUGUUGCACCUCACGCAUCUUUAGCGUCUUUAGUGGGAACAGCAGGAAAUACAAUCUCAACAAGAAAUACGCCUGCGUCUUCUAAUACAAUCUUUACACUCUAUCACUAUACUAGACCGAAUCGUCCACCGAGUGAAUUACAGUUGGAGAAGUAUUAUAUUCACAAACCACGUGCCUUUGUUUUAUCAGAAUUUUCAGCUUCAAAUAAAACGGCAUGGGAGCCAAGACUACAAGCACCAAAGCGAACAAAACGUUUAACGCCACUUCCGCCGUAUAAACCUCCACAGAGUUAUUUGAUGGGACUUGCGGAGCGACUGGGUGUAGUGCCUGGUAGUUGUUUUGGUCGUCGUUCUCUCAUGUGGGGUCACUGGUUCUAA